GGCAGCACCGUGUUAUUUGCCAUUGUUCUAAGAUAAGAAACAUCGUAGUAUUCGAACCCUCAUACUCUAGGCUGGAUGAUAUCCGCAAUGGCAACCAAAUAGCUCGUCAAUUUGAACUGCUACAAACUGCAACCCUGAGCGUCCGCACAAAUUCUCCCCUUCUGCAACAUCAAUUCGAGGCGUACAAUGCAAAGAACUGAAGCAGAUGCAACAGCCAUCAGAUAAAGAAGACGCGGAUAUGAAUUUUCAGGGAAACCCAAUUUGUGAGAAACCAGUAUGCCUAAUGUCUCGCUUCUUGCCGUACUCUGCAAUGCUUUUUUUUUUUAAAUCUCUCUCAAAUGCCCUCGAAAAUAACGCCAAUCAUCAUCAUCAUCUUCUUCUUCUUCAUCACCAUCGUCAUCGAACCACCCUCGUGCGUGAUACCUAAUAAUAACAAGAUAAGACACGCCAGUAAGGGAGGAAAUCAAUCAAUUCCACCCAAGCUUCCACCCAUCAUCAUCGUCAUCAUCAUCAUCAUGCCUCAGUUCUUGGACUGUCAAAAGGAUUCGCAAUGCCUCCCACCAUUCAUUCUGUCUUUACUCUUUCAAACUUCAAUGCUGCCACCGGCUAGCCAUCUGUUACUGAAACUCGUCCGAAUAACGGGAAAAACGAAAGGGUGACCAAAUCAUGUCCACAAAUGGACGAGAUCUAUAGGCCGUGUGGAUAUCAAUGCCGAUCGAUCAAGAAGCAUCAAACUUCCACCUUCCAAAAAACAAGAUCUUCCAACAGGUCCAAGAUGCAACAGCUCCAGCACACACACACAAAAAAAACAAAAAAACGGGCAUAGCUGAAAAGAACACACAGGAAGAAUGGCAGAUAGGUGUGGCGGGUUAGGUUAUACAAUCAUAUUUCUCCCGCUUCCUUCAACGCCCUCCCAUUCCAAAACGCCAAUACGCUAUGCUUAUAGGAUAUCUCUUUUCUUGCGUAAUGUAAAUGCAAACCAGCCCAGUCCAAUCCUACACAAGUGCUUGAAGGGUUUGGAGGAAGGAAUGCGUAGAGGUAGCGAGUAGGUAUCGUAGCAUCGUCCAGCGAACAGCUUACAACUUAUACAACGCUCCAAAAGUCAAAACAUGCCUUUUUUUUUUUUUUUUUUUUUCUUUUUU